GUUGUGUGUUUCAUAUCGUGUAGCUGCGUGCGUGCGUUUCCACGGGAAACCCUUAUGGGUCGAAUAAUUUACAAUUUAAUUAAUAUGAUUAUCAUGCUGAUAGAAAUUAAUAGGACAUCGAUGUAAAUGAGAGGAAAUUUCCUGCGAGCAAUUUUAUAUCAACGCCACGUUGGCGUCGAAUGCAAUAAUAAUAAAUUAUAAUUAAGUUGCGGGCACAAAAUGGAGGCGCACUGCAGAUUAUGCUUUGAGCAGCGUCCGGAGAUGGAACGAAUUUUUCCCGAUAAUGAAAACGAGGACGAUAUCGAUUGUGAGUCCCAGGUGGCAAUAAAAAUUUAUAAAUGUACUUCUCUACAGUUACCAGUGGAUGACGAUGAUUUGACUUCACAAAUUUGUAAAGAAUGCAUUACUAAAUUAGACGAGUUCUUCCAGUUUCGAGUGAAUUGUCGAAAAAACAAUUUGCUCUAUUGCAAAAAGAAGCUUCCGCAAUCACAAAUUUGUGCAUCGAAUAACAGUAAACCUGAACAAGAAAGCGAACAAAUUACUCUUGAAAAACUCGAUGAAACAUUGCUUAGGGCGUUAGAAGGUAAAGAUGUAGAUUCAUCCAGCUUUGAGCAUGCAUUUGGUAGUGAAGUAAAUCCAGAAGAUCUAUUGAAGAUUAGCCUUGGCCAGGAAAACGAACAGCCUAUGGCACCUGAAGAACCGGUUAGUUCAAGCUCCGCUCGAUGCACUGGUUGUGGAGAAGAUUUUUUCACUUCAAUGGAGUUGAAUCAGCAUUUGGAAUACUGUCCGUCUCGUUUGAAAAGCGAUGCAUUUGAUCUGCAUUUCGCAAAUCUCGGUAUGACGGAGCUGAACUGUUACAUAUGUCAAAAAAGUUUUACAAGCGUACAAGAAUUAAAACAUCAUGAAUCAGAACACUCCAAUUUCUUGAUGAAGUGUAAUUUUUGUCAUCAAUCAUUCAACUGCUCGCGAACCUUUAAGUACCACAUGGACCAGCAUAAGAUGAAAAACACGCUACCAGAUGGUCGUUUUAAGUGCGAUUUGUGUGACGCUACAUUCAAGCUCUACGGCAAUUUGAUAAUUCAUCGGCGCAGUCACACCGGGGAGCGUCCCUAUCCAUGCAACAUAUGCGGCAGAGCAUUUUCCACUUCCAGCAAUAUGAAAACACACAUGAACGUGGUGCAUUCUCAGGAUCGUCCUUUCAAAUGUCAGCACUGCUACAAAAGCUUCAACUCCGAAACUCGUAUGCGUUCCCACAUGGAAACUCAUUCCUAUCCUAUGAACAUUGGACUCAACGAGGGAGGCAACGGAGAACUGUCCAGCACGUGCAAAGUUUGCAACAAAAGUUUUAGCCAUCCGUCGUACCUCACGAUUCAUUAUCGCGUUCACACGGGAGAGCGUCCGUACCAGUGCAAUUUCUGUUCCAGCGCCUUUGCCACAAGCGGCAAUUUGAAGGUUCACAUGCGGGUUCAUGCGUCCCAAAAGGUGCGGCCUUACAAGUGCAACAUGUGCACUAAAUCCUUCCUUCACGCUAGCAAUCUGUCCGUACAUAAGAAAACUCAGCACUAUUAACUCUCUAUUAAUCCAACAUUGUGCAGGUCGUCAGAUAAGAUAUCUAGUGAACGUAGAUUAUUUAUUUUAAUUUAUUUUUGUUGCUUACACCUAACUAAUGUUAUGGCUUUUUACUCUAUUGAAGUUCAGUUUAUUGCAACUCAUUUUAUUA